AUGUCUUCCUCGACCGAGCACACCAUCGAGCAGGCCGACCUCGAGAAGCUCAACGACAAGGACAAGGCCGAGCUGCGACAGUUCUUUUCCAACGAGGAGCAGCGCUCACGCAUCCAGUCCCAAACGCACGAGCUCACGGCGAUCUGCUGGAAGAAGUGCGUGGCCGGCAACACGAUCCGGUCGGGCGCGCUCGACAAGGGCGAGCAGACGUGCCUGGCGAGCUGCGUCGACCGGUUCAUGGACGUCAACCUGGCGACGCUGAAGCACCUGGCCAGCAUGCGGCAGCAGUGA